AUGUGGCUGAAGAAUGACAGAUGGCGAAACAUUCUUCUCGAAAGUAAUGAGCUGCCUCCGAGCAGGACGAACGUAUAUCCUGUCAGGAUUUUAAAGGACAACCUGACUCUGGAUGCGGCUCGGCGGCUGGCACAUAGGGCCGAGGACACGUCGGACCUCUCCUUCUCGGAGUCCACGGAGUUGGGCCGAACGGAGUACGUGUCACUUGUUAUUAAUAAUUUUUUGAAGAUUUGUCCGCAGAUUAACAUCCUAUACGGAGGAUGAUGACGAGAACACAGUGGACCGACAACCUGAAAGGCGACUAGCUAGGUUGGCUGGCGCCAGGACCCAUACUUCAGUAAGUAGCAGUAAGUCUGAUAGUUUGUAGGGCAAGACUUGACGAAAACGUACCUACUUCCUCCGCCGGAUGGGGCAGGCCUUCACCUUAAGCAGUUCCCUCACUUCAGUAAGCUGGAUAUUUUUAUUCAUUUCAGACUGCAAACGGAAAAGGAUGCUUCUGCGGCGCAGAGCGACAUAUCAAGAUCAAUACAGAUGGAGUUGACAUCUCUGUGCAGUUGGAUUAAAUUCAUUUAGUAAAAGGGUUGACAACAUAGCCCAUAAUCAGACGGUCCUUCUUGAGGAGUUGCGACAACAUCGUGCACUAAUGGUUGAAAACUUUGGCAAAUACUUGCCUGCACUGUCGUUGUCGCUCAAAGGCCUCCUGCACUGCGCUUGCUACUGUGCAGCAAGGACGUCUACGAAGGCUUCGUCGGCAUGCUAAACGAAGAGGCCGAUUUUCGGGAAGAAGUGAUAUGUAAAUAUGCAGCUUUACUUACUCUCCAUGUUUUAUGGAUGAAACAACUUGUCUCGGUUGGCGGACUAAAUAACAAGGAGUUCGUGAAGAAUCUCCUCAGAAAACUGUUUGGACCAUCCCCUUGCCUUGCCUACUGCUGGGGUGGCUCAAUGGGGUAGCAAUCCUUUGUUGAUAGUCCUCUAUAUGCACUCCUGUGUGGUAAGUCUUCCUCAUUUGUUAACCGUCCAGAUACCAUUCGCCAGAGCCCUACCUUUAGUGACUGCGCCCAGGAAAUGGUUCGCAAGACGGAGAUUGAUUGGUUUCAUGGACCGGUAUGGCGACCGGGCUAAACGCCUGGUGGUAGUUGGAGGGACUAGCGAUGAUACGCGUUACCCCAUGCUGUCUUCAUCUGAGGACCCGAUGAUUGCCAUCAAUAAAAGUUGCAUAUUUAAGGUGAAACAUUCAUACUACUAUAAUAAACUUAAUUAGUAUGAAAAUUGUUAUUUAAAUUUUGAGGUCCUAAUUUCCUUCCGUAGUAUCUCAGGUACCCGUCGACCAUGUGUUUUCCUAACAUUUGUUAUUUUUCACCUAUAAGAACCAGCCGUCGAAGAGGGGACUAAUGGAACGCCCAGCUGAAUGGCAUAAUAUGUUACAGUUCAUGUAUAUACUGACACUGACAUUUAUUAUGAUUGUACAUAUUUUUCAAUUGCUUUUUAGUUACUACAAUAAAUAGCUCAUUCACAUGCAUUUGCGUAGCCUGUACUGUGUCUGAUAGUGGGUGCCGAUUAGUAGGUACAUAUACGGUGGUAUCACUGUGAGUACGAUGUAAUACCGGAGUACUCUACGUACGUCGGGGGGGGGGAGGUUUCGACGUGUAACCUGUGGGGACGUUGAGGUGCUGCGCCUCAGGGACUCAACAUACAGGCUGAUAUUUUAAAGGAGUGCCAAACGUGGGCGAAACGGUGGUAUCCCCAGCGCAUUUUUUGUCGGUGGGGCCAGGCGGACUGUCGCGUAGAAUAUAGCCCCUUCCACAGCCCAGCAAAACCCCUUCAUAACCCCCUCUAGCCCCACCAGAUUUUAGGGGGCUAGGCGAGGCUGCUGCUGGCAGGAGAGUCUGAAAUUAGAGAGUCAGCCCGAGAUUCUGUAAUGCACGGAAUAUCUGGGUCAAACUCAUAAGCCACACCUUCUCAGUUGUGACAUCAUUUGCACGACUGAUCUUGCGUUCAGAGAGAGAGAGAGCGAGCGAGAAUACCGAGCGUAUUCCUAAGAUGCAGGUUCAGCUCAUUGUUACUUAUAAAAAAAGAAGAGCUGAUGGUGGAAAAUUCAGCUGAUGAGAAGAAGCAAUAGAUAAAAAAGGAAGUUGCUGUGGUCUGAAAGUUAUGGGGAUAUUAUCACUUACUAAAGAUGCAGCAUUGCAUGGAAACACAUUUUCGCAGAACCCGGGAAGAGGAAUGCUAUUUUGUGGGGUUGGAAAAAUAGGAGGCAUAAAAGAAGGAUGUGGUGAAUUUUGAGCAUAAUAUGAGGGGUAGUUUAGCUUCGGUAACGGACUUAAUGGUUUCAAGAAACAGCUUACAUUAGGAGAAGGCUUUAUUAUUUGGGGUGUCAGGGUAGCAGUGGGAUUGGAAAAGUUGUCAGCAACGCUAUAUACUUGCAUUUUGCAGGCUGGUGUGCAAGUGGGCUUCACAAUUGGGGUGUUUACGUUAAGUUGAGAAUUAGGGAUAGGAACAGGUAAGGAUCUCCCUGAACUGACAUCUGGCUCAUUUGACCUAACCGCUAGGUCACACUGCAGUGGCCUGGCACGGGGACGGGAUGGAUUCGACCCAGGUUUAUUAACUAAUUAAUUAUUCUGAGUCCUGGAGGUCGAUUGUGCUUCUAGGAUUGGACCAUCUUUACUGUGAAUAUCAAGCAUCCUAGUGAAUUUGGCUGCCGCUUUUGAGUCAUCCUUGCUUCUUGGAGGCGUUUUAAAGUGGCUGGUUUCAACUGACUCUGAUAUUGUGCUCAGUUGAAGAGCUAGAUGGAACUGGGGCCGCCGCAGUAAGGGGGAAGAUUCGGUUGACGCAUGAUGGAGAAUCUGCUUUUGAGGCAAAUGGCAGAUGAGUAGAAUUCUGGAUGGGCUUUACGUUUGUUAGUGGGCGAGACUCUUCGUUGCAGGGGAGUUUUAUCCAUGCUUAUAAAAAGUUUAUUUCUUCUAAGAUAUUGAGCUGAGCACUCCAAAUAGGAGAAAAUAAAGACCACUUCUAUCCCCGGAAAUAGUUUGAAAAGAACUGGUGAAUUUUUGCUCCUAGCUGAUAGUCUUUUAAAUUCAGCGACCCUAAAGUUGAAGCCACAAGAAUAAAGGAAGCAGGAGGCGACAUCGAUUGACUGCCUGCUUUUAGGAACGUUUUUUAAAAAUAAAGUUGAAACAUCGCUUGUGCCUGUGUUCCGUGGCACUAGCAACAAGUACGAUAAGAGGCAUGAGCUUCUCACAUUGCUGAGAAGUGUUUGCAAUUUUCCCUAAAGUGGGGCACCGAAAACGGAAAAUUGAACCGUAACGAAACAUAACAUUAUUAAGAUCAUCCAGUGGUCCUAUGUUUAUUUUUUCAUAUUGACAAUGGGUUUCAAACGAGGAGUCUGGAAAUUAGUUUCCUUCAGAUUUCGACGAGGGUUUGCCUGAGGUCUCAUGUCGAAAAAUAGUAACAGAAGAGUUUAACCCUAGUUUACAGGGAUGAUAGCUGCCGAAACUGAGGAUAUAAAGAUGAGGCUAUGUAUGAUUAAAGAAUUACUGAAAGCUAUCGAUAUUGGUAGACCAGACAGCAUAAUUUUUACUGAGCAGCUUUAUACAGUAAUAGAAUGAUUAUGAGAACAAAACGAGUAAAUGACGAUUUCUAGGUGACAAGGCAAACCUGAAUAAAAUUUGCAGUGAAUAAUGAGAUUAUGUAAGGUAAAAUAGAGGACAGUAUAGUUCUCUUACUGGUUAAUAAAUCGACGAUAAGAGCUUUCAGUGGAGAAGAUUUAUCGUUAAAUUUUACGAGGAAAGCCUUUUGUAUAUGCGGGUAAAGCUUAAUAAGAUUGAGGCUUUUGUGGGUGGAAAAUGAUGACACUUUAUUUCCGCUUUAUGAUAAAUCGGCAAAACACGACGGCAAGCAUAAAUGACUUAUGACUAAACUGUACAAGAUAUUAAGGAAUCGAAUUCAAAAGUAUGAAUUCCACUUAUCCUCUCAAAAUCGAGCCGCAUGCCUUGAACUUACCCUAGCAUGGAAAUAUAUCAAAUGUGAUAUAUUGAUUGCAAACCCCACUUGUCGGUAUAAUGGACAAUCAUCGGUGAUGCUGGUGCACAACUGACUUGAGAUUUUGGUUCCCUCGAAACGGUGCUAGCACAAUGCAUAGGUGACUUCAAAAUCGUAGUUCGAGCAAGCAAACAUGGUAAAAAUGAGUAUACAAAAUGUAAACGUUCCCACAGAUGCAUACUAAUGAAGAUUCAAAUGUGAAAGGGGGACAAAAGAAUGACGACCCGAUGUCAAAAGCCCUACGACAAAUAUCAACACUUCAACACAUAUGCGACAAAAUCUGUCAAAUUCUGCAUGACAGAAGAAACUUCGCAUUAAAGAAUGUGCACCUGCCAGUUAGGCGAAAGUCGACGCCUUCCAUUCUCGAAAAAUGUUCAAUGAUAACUUGGACAGCUGCGGCUUCGGAGCUGAAGCGAUGGAAAAUCUAAGAUUAUUUUUUAAUGACAUUCUUCGGAUGCCUUCCAUCAAGGAAUACUUGUGAAGGACCGCAUUCUAGAUUGCCAUUUUUGUUUUGAUCCGGUGGUGCUCGCAUCUUAACGUCAAGUUAAAGCAGCCGUAAUGAAACGACAGAAAAAUGCUACCAUGUAACGGAAUUAGUAAGACGUACCGUUUACUCUAAUAAAAUGAGCCAAAUUCCCCUGAACACAAAUUAAAAACAGCUCUUAAUUUGGAUUCUAAAUUUAGAAAAAAUAAAUUAAAGAAAGAACCAGGUAAGUCCACACCUAUUAUAUGCUUUCGUGGGUGUGCUUAUUUUAAAAACUCGCAAACCCAGAAGAUGUCUUUAAACUAGUACGCCACCUUCAUAAAUUAACUCUAUGAAGUAUCUCACGUUCCUGAAGACCUUCGCAAAAUCCCAGAAAUAAACUGCAGGCAUUGGAUGGACAACAAAUGAUCACGUCACGUUAGCAUUCUCUCUAUGGUGCCAGGGAACCGAAUAAAUCGAAUCGAUCGGUGUGCUCCAUCGGAAUAUCUCCUGUUGGCGAGCCAGAGGACAAUUUGUAAAGAUAAGAGGAACUUUCGGACCAGCGACUUAAUCUUUUUUCAUGUUUGCUGUUCGAAAUUCAGGGCUAAUGCUAUAACAAGGGUCUUAAGCGCAAGCCCAGACAAACCAAAUUCGAGUUAUACCCCUAUACGUAACUAAACUCAUUUGGAUUGAAGAUAUGACAGUCCGCCGCCGGCCCGGCUACUAGCUCAUGCCGCCAUACUGACCGCCUCGCUCCCAGCCAAUUCGCUCAUAAAGCCGCCCGAGACUUCGCACUACCCACUUAACACUGGUCCUCCGCUGAUUGGCUGCAGGUAAGCAUAGCUCAGACAGAACAAAGGCUCACGCGCGCUGAUAGCCAAGAAUAUCAACGGCUUUCACUUGCACACAGAGCAGAAAAGACGGUUGUCUGCAACGGCUUGCUGAGGUCACGGGAUAGGAUCCCAAGUAACGCACACCUCAGGGCCGGAUAUGGCUGGCCGGCGACGGCUAAUAAGCCAGAAAUGGCCAUUCCAGUCUCCCUUGUCUUUGUCGGUAGUGCCGUUUUUCCUAUAUUACGCGCCGCGGUGCGGCUUCCGGCGGCACUCGAGAGACAGCCCCAAGGCACAACAGCACGAGUGCGUUCCGUGGCACGACCGGUGAGCGCCCCUCUAUCACUGCUUGCUGAGGUCGCAGUACGCUCCUUCGCUAGAGUAAAGCCCUGCAUUCCUUGGCUUGCAAUUUGUGAAUUCUCGCAUUUGUCCCCAACUUCGACGACGGCACCUAUGGAGUCGCUAUAUGAUGUCUUCUAGAGAAACGCUGCCACGCGCUGAAGUCAUCGCUUAUCCACAGUUAUCCAUCAAACGUGCUGAAAUGAUGGGGGCUACAAGUACAUCCGGGAAACCGGGAAACAAUAUCUCCGUCCCGGUAAGUUCUUUCUCUUUCUCAAAAUGUGAUUGAACUUACAAAUGUAUCAAGGUCCAACACAGUGUCUAAGCGGCAUUUUUAUAUGUAGCCUACAAAUAUGGUGGAAAACUGCUCAACCAAAAACCAUCAUGUUGCGAUGCAUGAAUGUAUUUUGGGUUAUGCUACAGGGUAGUCAGUGCUGAAUUUUCACGGGAGUACCAUUUUCCGUUCUCAAGCACUACGGACAAUUGCGGUCAUAGGUUUGAUCGCACACCGUGGAUACAUCUGCGGCAGUCUGCUUCCGCGAUCGUCACACGUCCACUUACCCAUGUCCCCUUUGUUUCAACCUCACCCUUCUUGUCAGUUCGCCGCUGGAGCCGCUUACGACUUGGCACUAGAUUGCGAAGGCUAGAAGCCAAUCAUGCUGCGUCCUUCGCUGAUUGACUGCAGACGGACGCAGGCCAGAUCAAGACGUACGUGGUCGGCGCUGGGACGCAGCAAUCUCAACGCCACAUGCACGCCCGCCGCAACGCCGUACGGUGCUGCGUAGAACCUGCCUCGGCAGAGGCUUGUCCAUUCAACUGUAUUUCCUGCCUUUUGAUUUGGGAACCUUUAAGGUGUCGGCCAUCGCACUGCGACAUGUGGUAACUCCGUCUGAGCACCAGCCUAUCUCGUUCGCAGUCUCCGUUAUAGUCAGGCGUUGACAAAAGAAAAUUGUCUACCGGAAAUUUAGUGCUUUUGGAGCCCGCAUCUGGCAUUAUUUUAGACAUCCAAAUUACCCACAUGACCAACAUGAUGGAGACCCAUGACUUCAUCGAGCCAUACUUUGCCGCACUUUCAAAAACUUCAGUUUCUCCUCUGUCUCCUCUCUUGAAUUUAAGUUCAAUGUUAGCGAAUCCCGCAUAAAAUUUAGCCCCUCAUUGGCAGUCGGCAGCUUCCUUUUCGGCUCGGAACGCAUCGAGGCCAUCCACCCGCCAAGUACAAAGCGCUUCUUCAUCUCGAUCCGGCACAACUAUCACUUACUGGUAUCACACCACAUUUGGUGACAAGACUCGCGCCUGCAACUCUCCCUGCUCCUUUAUUAUGAAUCAGAGCCCGCGAGUAACACGAGUGAGGCCGGAAGUCAAUGCAGCUGAUCUUCCUGGCUCCUGCGGUCCUGGUUAUACCUACGUCUUCGAUCACCUGGCUGUCAGACGUAUUCUCGAGGACACCGCAGCCCAGAUCAGCGCUGUCCCUCCCACUCCAGCCGACCUUUGCUGUCCUGACCCCGGUCUACACCCCUAA